AUGGCACAGCCGCCGCCGCCUCACAGCCCGCCGCCGCCCACGAUCUAUCGCAGCGCUGCCGGUGAGGCCGCCAUCCGGUCCCUGUACGACAAAACCCUGGCUGCGCUGCCCUUUGAGCAUGAGGAGAGGCUAGUGCAGACCAGCUUCGGCACAGCCCACGUCGUGGUGUGCGGCCCGGCCGCUGCGCCACCCCUGGUGGUGUGGCAUGGCAUGUCGACUCCUGCACCCAUUGCGCUUGGAGGCUCUGGCCUCUCUGACUGUCUUGUGGGCAUAAAGCGCUUCCGCAUCUACGUGCCUGACCUCCCCUAUCAAGCGGGGAGCCGGAGCGAGGAUGUUGAACUGGACCCCGCCAAGCACGAGCAGGGCAAGUGGUGCCUGGAGGUGCUGCGCGGCCUGGGCCUGGUGCCGCCAGCUGGCGCCGAGGGCGGCAAAGGCAAGAGGGGCGCGUUCCCGCCGCCGCCGCUGCACCUCGGCGCGUCCUACGGAGCAUCGGUGAUCGCCGACCUGGCGGUGGUGGCGCCAGAGGCAAUUCGCGGCGCUGCGCUGUUGGUGCCUGCCGGGCUGAUGCCAGGUGCCACGUGGCCCGUCUUGUUCCGCCUGGUGCUGCCAUCCGUACUGUACCGCUUGCUGCCCUGCCCGCUCACUGCCUGGCUGGCGCUGGUCAGCAUGUGUGACGAGCCUGUGCCGGCUGACCUGGAGAUGGUGCUGCUGAGCUGGAGGCACGUCGUCCGCUACCCGCAGAUGCCCGGGGGGUCAACAGGCUUCCCUGCUGAGCAGCUGAGCCGCCUGUCUGCCCCCACCAUCAUCGUAGCCGCGGAGAAUGACAUCUUUUGA